CAAAGUAUUUCCCUCCCUCUUAAACCCUGAUAUCUCAUAUCAUCGCGGCUCGCGCAGUUCCACUGAAACGCACCGGCGCCAAGGAUACCAAACUGAAAACAACUAUCAUGAACAAUUACAAUGCGGACAGCUAGGCGGUGAAUAUUCGAACGAGGACUACUGUCCAGGAAUCAAUUCAAGGACUUGCAAAAAGCAAUCUCAUUUGUGCCUCUUCUACCAACUGAUCCAAGGCUGGCAAUGAAGAAGAAGAAAAGUCGCAGAGAGGCAGUGGAUGGAGUCCUUGUGAAGGAGGACCAUAACGAGCCCACCAUUGGAGAGAAGCUCGCGAGUCUAAAUCUGAUACAAAAUGAUAAGUCUAAGAGUGAUGAUUCCAAGAUUGAUGAUGCCAAGAGCAGUGAGAAACAACUGGAGUCUUCUUCUCAGCUCAUGCAGCCUCCGACUGCAGACUCAGUUCAGGUGCUGCUCAGGCAGGCGUUACGAGCAGAUGAUCGUGCACUUUUGUUGGAUUGCUUGUACAACCGUGAUGAGAAGGUUAUUGCGAAGUCCAUUGCAUUGUUGAAUCUGGCGGAUGUUCUCAAGCUUUUGCAGUCGCUGGUAUCGAUUAUUCAGUUGAGGGGUGCAAUUUUGGCAUGUGCGCUUCCAUGGCUAAAAAGCGUACUUCUUCAACAUGCAAGUGGAAUAAUUUCCCAGGAAUCUUCUUUACUUGCCUUGAAUUCUUUAUUUCAGCUAAUCGAGUCUAGAGUAUCGGCUUUUGAAUCAGCUAUCCAACUAUCUAGUUGCUUGGACAUGCUUUACACAGGGGUUGUGGAUGACGAGGUAGACAAAAAUACCUCAACAGUACCAGUAAUCUACGAGGACAAGGAUGAAAGUGAUGAAGAGAUAUCUGAAGAUGCCAUGGAAACUGAUGACGAAGAUAGCAAGGAUGAGGAAGCAUCAGAUGAUGAAUUUGAUGGUGUUAGUGACACUGAAGGAAGUGACGGCAUGAUCGAUUGAUGCACGUUGGAGGCCAAUUUGGGUUGUAUUUGAGAAUUUUGGGCAAAAUUUGUAAUUGGAUUGUAAUAGUCUUGGAAAUGGAUGGUGAUAUAUUUUAUUAACAAACGCUUGGAAAGAGCAGAGGGCAUUGUGUUAUCCUCUCCCAUGCUUAUAAGGUCCUAACCAGUAACCGUCAUGAAGUCAGAAACCUAAACCCUAUGUAUCCUAUUAGUUAGUGCAAGGCGCUAGGUGUCCCAAGUUUUAGUAGAAUGUACUCUACUCUUAAGAAAGUUGAGUUCGAGUGAUA